ACAGAUCUCAUUCUGACCUUUAAUAUCUCAAUGCAUCGCUCUUGGUGGAUGGAGAAUGGGCCGGGCUGCACCGUGACCUCAGUAACCCCAGCCCCAGACUGGGCACCAGAGGAUCAUCGUUACAUCACUGUCUCGGGCUGUUUUCUUGAAUAUCAGUACAUAGAAGUGGCUCACAGUUCUCUUCAGAUCUUCCUUGCACUGGCGGGCUUCAUCUAUGCCUGUUAUGUUGUGAAAUGUAUUACUGAAGAAGAGGACAGCUUUGAUUUCAUAGGUGGAUUUGACUCUUACGGCUAUCAAGGUCCACAGAAGACAUCUCAUUUACAGCUACAGCCCAUGUAUAUGUCAAAGUAAACAUGGGGACUACUCAACAUAGGCUGGAGGACUUGUCAAAGAAACUUACAGAAUGGCCCCCUGGUUCUUCAAAGAGCAAAAAAAAAUCCAGUUUU